UUAGCCUUCUGACUUUGGUGACCAGUUCCGAUGACAGCCGGUCUCACGUGGCCUGUCACGCGACUUACACGUGACGCUCGCGUCCUUAUUUCGAAAUAAGCUUUCAACUCGUGUCUUCGAUGACGCGAAUCUCAUUCCCAACAAACACAACUGUGAAUCUCUGCUAGUUCGUCUGGAAAUUUCCAAAAAUUUCCCGCGAGUCUCUCUCAGGCUUGUGGCGUAAUUUCUUUGGACAGUCUUAUACAAAACGCGGCCAAACUUCUAUAACCGUUUCACACUCUAUUCAGAAAGAUGCGCCAAAAAGAAGACUGCAGUUCUUUCGCAUCACUGCCUGGAACCGUAGAAGAUGACGCAAUUCUGAGAAUAGAAGCGAAGAGAAGAUCGAUUUGUCUGAACUGAACCAUAAGAAGCGAGCGUUUGUAUAAUUGACGUGCCUUCCUGUCUGAGUGUUUGUCAGCCUCUCUUUCUUGACUCUAUACACAUUCCACUCUCCUCUCAUCCCGUAAUGGCGGACUCUCCUGCAACAGCAGAGUAUUUCAUCUAUAUCACGCAGGUAUACUUCUGCGGUGUAUGCGGUGGUCGUUUGGGACUGGCUCAUUACUCUUCCGCGAGAAUGGAAAUAUGUCUGGAAAACGCAUUGGACUCCGGUCAAGGUCUCCUACCUCUUUUGCAGAUACUGGGUGAUUGUCGUCGUACCUUACCUGCUCUUCUGUUUUGUCGGAAACCACAGCAGAGAAGUCUGUCUCAAGAUCUACAGAAUUCCAGUCAGCUUGGCACUGUGGAAUCAAGUCGGCUCCGAAUCUGUUCUCCUCAUUCGCACCUAUGCUUUCUUCAAUAGAAAUGGCUACGUCCUUUGUUUUCUCAUUUCUGCGAUCUCGGGAGUCGUAGCCUAUCAGCUUUAUGUGGCUACCACUCAGAUGCUUUUGUUGCCUUUCGUGCCUCCCUUGGAACGUGGCCCUUGUUUUCCUGAAUCCAAACCUCACUCGGCGCAUCUGCUCGGUUUCUUCAUCGCCCCACUUCUUUUCGAUACUAUAGUGACCUUUAUGACUGUGGCCAAAGCCAUCAGAAUCCGUCGUAACAAUGGUGGCCCUAGCAGUCGUUUGAUCCAGACAUUCAUUCGCGAAGGCGUUUUCUAUUACAUUCUCAUCUCGGCCGCCAACUUGAUCAACGGAAUUUUCUAUCUCCAGCCUCGCCAAGUCAUCUCCGCCAUCAAUAUUCCUCUCAGUGUCAUGAUGGCCCCUCUGCUUGCCUGUCGUCUGAUUUUGGACCUCCGGGAGCGUGGAUCUGAGACAGUUUCGCACUCGGAGGGUACUGGAAUGGCUGCUUUCACAACCAAGACGAUGACCCAACAAUGCUCGCCAUUCACCCCUCCGAGCCACAGGAUCAAAAGCGGAGUCUAUAGUCGAGGGCGCAUGACCGACUCAAACAUUGUGCUGAGCACUUUCGGCGGCAGUUCAAGCAUUCAUCCGGAACUGGACCUGGAGCAAGACGUCACUGAGCUCGAUGAAAUCCGUCUUGGCUUGGGUUUGGAUUUGGGCAAGCUCAGUGCGGCGGUCGGGGGUGCCGACGGUGAGCCCCUCGAUGAGAAAUCGGAGCUUGGUAGCCCUGCGCCGGCCUAUUCGAGCGGUAUGCUGGAGAUGGGUUUCCGCGCUGCCAGUCGCUCCCCCAGCUUUGAAGAGCAAACUCGUGGAAUCCGUGUGACUGUUGAUGUCGAGAAAGCCACUCACACCAUGUGAAUUCAUAUUUCCUUCUCGUUCCCUUCUCGCAUCCCUCCCAUCGCUACAAUCCCGCUACAUCAAGUCGCUUCCACGAUAAACAUUAAACCCCGUACAUACAUUCUCGCUGUCCUUGCAAUCGAAUCGUCCAUGUUUUCGAAUCCAGA